CCAAAAUGCAAAUCUUCAAUCUAGCUUCCAUUUUCCUUUUUCUAUAUUUCCUUUUUUUGCUAAGGAAAUUGAAAAAUUCCAAUAAGGAAACCAAAAGAUUGCCUCCAGGUCCAUGGAAACUUCCUUUAAUAGGAAGCAUGCAUCACAUUAUUGGUGAAAAUCCACACCACAUCUUUAGAAAUUUAGCCAAAAAAUAUGGUCCUCUUAUGCACCUUCAACUUGGUGAAGUUUCUACUGUUGUUGUUACUUCUCCUGAGAUGGCUAAACAAAUACUAAAAACUCAUGCCCUCGCCUUUUCGUCUAGGCCUAAACUCUUGGCCACCGACAUUAUCACUUAUAAUGGUUCUGACAUCGUCUUUAGCCCCUACGGUGAUUACUGGAGACAGAUGCGUAAGAUUUGUGUGAUGGAAUUGUUGAGUGCAAAGAAUGUCCGAUCAUUCAACUCGAUGAGACAUGAUGAAGUUGUUCAUCUCAUCGAUUCAAUCCGAUCAUCUUCAUCUUGUGGAGAACCCGUCAAUUUUACAGAAAUGAUGGUUUGGUUCGCGAGCUCCAUGAUAUGUAGAUCAGCCUUCGGGAAAGUACUAAAGGAUCAAGACAUAUUUAUAAAUUCAAUUAGACAAGUUUUAAGAUUAGCAGAAGGCUUUGAUGUGGCUGACAUCUUCCCUUCAUACAAGUUUCUUCAUGGUCUUGGUGGAGUUAAGCAAAAAAUGAAAGAGGUUCACACUAAAGUAGAUGAAAUUGUUGAAGAUGUCAUCCAUGAGCAUAAAAAGAGUUUUUCAACUCACAACCGUACUAGUGAUGAUGGUGGUGAAGACCUAAUUGAUAUCCUACUAAGACUUAUGAAGGAUGAAACUCUUCAAUUUCCCAUCACCAACCGCAAUAUCAAAGCUAUUAUUGUUGACAUGUUUAUUGGUGGAACAGAUACUUCAUCAACAACAGCUGUAUGGGCUAUGACUGAAAUGAUGAGAAAUCCAAGUAUAUUUGCCAAAGCACAAGCAGAAGUGAGAAAAGCCUUUACAGAUAAAUAUGAUGAUGUUGUGGAGUUGAAAUACUUAAAGUUAGUCGUUAAAGAAACUCUAAGACUUCAUCCACCAGUUCCACUUUCAGUCCUAAGAGAAUGUAACGAAGAGACGGAAAUAAACGGCUACACUAUUCCUCUGAAGACCAAAGUUAUGAUUAAUGUUUGGGCACUAGGAAGAGAUCCAAAAUAUUGGGAUGACGCAGAAAGCUUUAAGCCAGAGAGAUUUGAGGAGUGCCCUGUGGACUUUAUUGGUAAUAAUUUUGAAUUUCUUCCCUUUGGUGGUGGGAAGAGGGCUUGUCCCGGGAUGUCAUUUGGUUUAGCUAAUGUUUAUUCCCCGUUGGCUCAAUUGCUUUAUCACUUCGAUUGGAAACUCCCUAAUGGCAUGGAGCCAAGUGACUUGGACUUGAUUGAAUUGGAUGGACUAACGGUCACUAGAAAAAAUGAUCUUUAUUUGAUUGCGACUCCUUAUCAACCUUAAUGGUAUAAACUUUUUAAUUGUAUUGAUUUAAGAAUGUAUUGCGACAAUUAGCAAGGGCUAGCUUGUCUGUUGAAUAAAUGUCUUUUUAUGUAACAAAUAAGAGCAAUUCAAAUUUCAUACAUUGUUCCA